AUGUCUACUUCAGUCACCGCCUCCACCUCCCUCCCUGACAGCCCUCGCCCUAGUCGCCUGCGCCGCUUCAGUUUACGAACCUAUUCCCCCUUGCCUAGUGGGCAGCACUCGUAUAGGCAUAGUUUGAGUAGUCGAAUUCCUUGGUUCUCAAAUCCUGGCUCUACCUCUCCCACAGACUCUGCAGCUCCAUGCCCUGAAAGUGACCACCCAAGCCUCUCUCGUUACACCUCUGCGCCCGCCCCGAGUUUCGGUUUUGGUACCGAACUCAAUACCCAAGUAUCAUCCACCGACUCUGCCGCUUCUACACCUUCCAACGACCCUGCCCAAACAUCCAACCCUAUGGCGCGUCUAAGGAGCGUUUCGUCCGUCCAUCGUCCGCCACCUCGCACGUUAGAGCGUGCCAACAACUCUCAAGAGCCCACCUCGUCCUCUGAACCGGCCGCCGUUCAAAAUAAUGUCACCGAACCUACCAGCGAACCCACCAGUGAACCCACCAACGCCCCUGCAGAUGGGCAGGUGACCCCCUCAAAAUCGGAGACUAAGGCGACCAUUCGGUUCUUCCCCUACCAAGACGCCCUCCAAAGCUCGAGGCCCUCGUUACCUUUCGUCCCAGUCGCCCGGACCCUACCAUCAGAGAGCUGUGUUAUUCGUGUAGGUCGAUACUCGGAGCGUGAUGGCGUGCCUCUCCCCAACCCGACCGAACCCUCGGACGCCCCCGUGGGGUUCAAAUCCAAGGUCGUUAGUAGGAAACACUGCGAGUUCUUGUACGUGAAUGGUCAGUGGCACAUCAAAGAUGUUGGUAGUUCUUCGGGAACAUUUUUGAACCACAUGCGCUUGAGUCAGCCGAAUAUGGUGUCCCGUCUGUACUCCAUCAAAGAUGGCGAUAUUGUUCAGUUGGGUAUCGACUUCCGAGGGGGAGAAGAAAUGAUAUUCCGAUGCGUUCGGAUUCGGAUUGAAUGUAAUCGAUCGUGGCAGCAGCAGCCUAACGAGUUCAACAAAAACACAGAAAGCCUUAUUAAAAACUUGGGUAAGGGUGAGACGGCUGAUUAUUCGGGUUGUCGUGAAUGCUCGAUUUGCCUUGGCUCUGUCUUGCGGCCUUAUCAGUGUUUGUUCAUGGCAGCCUGCGCGCACGUCUGGCAUUACAAAUGUAUCAGUCGUUUGCUUCACUCCCCCGAUUACCCAAUGUUCCAAUGCCCCAACUGCCGUGCAUUCACCGAUCUCAGCGCCGAGGUCGAUGACUCGAAUGAUGCAGAGGAAAAACGAGAAAAGGAACCGACAGAAGACAGGACAUCUAAUGACUCUUCUGAGCAGCUCGGAACGGAGGUGCCUUCAACCGUCGAAACAAACGGCACAGAAGGACAGCCCGAUCAGCUCGGAGAUCUUGCCGAAGAAGAAAAUAUGGUCAACAAUGUGGAGAACCUCCAUCUACAAGAUGACCAGCAAACGGAUGACACUCGAAGCUCAGCCUCACCAGCGCCUAACUCAAGCACAGAUGACCUGGCCCGCAGCGCCACUAUCAACAUCCCCGGGUGGCAACCGACGCAACCACUCAGUGUGCCGGCUGGUCGCCCUUUACAACUACGAUCCGACACGCCAACAUCUGACGACAACCCAUUGACUCCGCGAAAUGACUCGGGCCCUUUGGCCUUUGAUGGCCGAGCAGGAAUGCCCUAA